AUGGCAGAAAUAGAGAAUAUAUUUUAUCAAAGUGAUAGCGACGGUUUUAACGAAAAUAGUGAUCUUGAACAAUCUGACGAAGAAUUUUUUAACGAUCCUUUAAGCGAUAAAGGGGAAUUUCAAAAUGAAAAUGAUGAAGAAUGUAUCGAACUAGAAAGUGAUAACGAUAGUGAAAUUAUUCCAAGACGUAAAAGACGUACAAGAUGCUUAUCAAGCAGUGACAGUGAAUCUUCUCGUGAAAAAUUAGACGAAUGGAUUUGGGAGGAAAAAGAAAAUGUUAAAUGUUAUUAUAACCAGAGUUUAUUUGUUUUAAGAGGUAACGAAUCGGUGGUACCGGAAGGCUGGCCUCUGACGCUGGGCAGACGUGGCCUCGUCCUGCAGCUAGGAGAGCUCGAGGCCUCCGCGCUACGUCUCGGGGAAUGUUACCUCUGCAUACGCAGCGCAGCUGCAGUUGCAACCACCUCGGGGAGCGGCGAAGCUGCCGCUGGUGAAACCGUCGAGCGGAAUACCGUCGAGAUCGCAGUAGUUUGGCGAACAACGUCGAUGAGGGCCCCAGGGUUCCUCGGUUGGGACCGCGAGGAGGAGUUCAUGGACUGGCGGGAGGUGUCUCGAAAGGGGCAGGGUAGCUCGAGCGCGGCGAGUAACAGCCUGUCCGGAUCGCAAUCGUCGAGCAUCGCGAAGAGUAUGCGGCCUCGGCGACGCUCUCGCGAGGAGGUCCGUUCCAGGCCCCGCGAUCCAGCCUGUGCUUUCGAGCAACAGCAGCAUCGUCGCGAGGAGACGAGGUCUAUAGAUCGUCUGGAGUGCAAAAGUUCGAACGAUGCUCGUACAGUGGACCACGAGGUGGACGCUGGUCACGCCGUGAUGAAGUCCAGGUCGACGUCGAGCGUGGGCACGUGGAAGCCAGAGCUGGAAGCCGGUGAAUUGAAGAACGGAACGUCGACGAGGGCCAGCUCGAACCACUCUUCUAGUCUUUCCAGCGACGAGUGUCGCGCCAAAGUGAAGAGGUGCGCCAAGGUCGUCUCGUCCACGACCAUGGAGAAGUGGAAGGAGACCGCCAGGUGUGAGACCAGGAGCAAGAUCCUUCUUCCGGACGACCUGAAGACACCUUUGCGCCUCGACGAGGCUGUUUUGGAGAAGCAGAGGGAGGGGAACGAGAUGGAAGAUAGGUUGCAAAGUUCGAGAAACGUGGACGAAGUUGGAGACGACGAGCUACCCGCGUUCAUCGGAAAUCUUCUGGUCUCCGUGGAGAGGAAAAUCGAGAGGGUCUCCUUGGACGAUUUAACGUUCCCGUGUCCAGCGUGCAGGAAUAUCGACACGGACGACCCUUUGCUAGGCUGCAGGUGUGCUGGGGAUGAGUGUGGCUGCGGGACUGUGGAAGAUACGUGUGAUUGUUCGUCCUCGGCGAAGACGAGGAAGGAACAGUCGACGAGGAGCUUCGAAAUCGCAGGGAUCAAGCAUAUCGAUAGCGACGACGAGGAAGAGGUUCGGAUGGGAUUCGGAACGAAAAAGAGAGUGGACGACGUGGUAGCGCCAAGGACCAUUCACGACAUACCGGAACACGUUCUCACGUGCGGCCUCACGCUUCCUGGAUGCACCGACGCCCACGGCAGACCCGUUCUCGAGUUCGAGGACGAGCCGACGAGGAGAGAGGCCCUCUCGGUUAAGGACGUGUCGUCGCUUCUACUCUACCUCGCCCGUUUACCCAGCGCUGACAGCGCCAAGAAUGGAUUCACCCUUCUCGUUCGAGGACACGCUCCCGAGUGCUUGGAGUUUCUGGACAAAGUACUGGUCGUUGUGCAGGGACGAGUGAACGUUUCUCAGGCGUUGCUGAUGCAGAGCUCCGUUGCCGAGGACUCGAACGAUUCCCAGUUACCUUUGUGCCGCGUCAAGACGACCGUCGUGGACGAGGACGCUUUGAGGAAGCACAUUCUGAGGCGGGAGCAGAGCCACGAUCAGGCACAGUGGAUCGCGUUUUACAAGGAGUACGACGGUCUGAUGACGGAAUGGCAGUCAGCUGGUCGCAGGCUAGCGUUGGAGAUGUCAGAGUUGAAGGAGUGCAACAGUCUGGCAGGCACGUUGACACCUCUCGGACAACUGUUGACCGAUCCAACGUUGAGACGAACGUCCAGAGACGCGGAGGAGGCGAUCUCGACGCUGGAGGAACGCGCCGCGCCGCUUCUACACCUGGAGCACGUUAGAUUGUCGGUGAAACGGGCACGGAGAUUGGUGGAGGAGGUCGGGAACGCAGCCACCAGGCUCGAAUCCUCCUUCGAGACGCGACGGGCUACUAUACGCAACCUCGCUGUUCUCAGGAGCAUCGAAGACCAGGCGCACGAGGUGUUGUCGUGGUUGUGCAAAAAGGGCGAGGACGUGCUCACGAAACACGGACAGCACUCAGCCACCAACCUGACAGCGGCGCGACUUCACGAGAGGGACUUCGAGAAGUUCUAUUUCACGUCGAUGAGACAUCUCGACAAAGGAAGCGACCUUGCCGAGGCGGCGAGUGCGAGUGGACUACGCGAACUCGCGAGAUCCUUGAAGCAGCACCUUCGAGGAUUCGGUUCCCGGUUGGAGGAUAGGCGCGAGUAUCUCGAGGACACGUCGAGAUGUUGCCUCCUUCAGGACCGAGCGUACGAAUGGGCCCAGGAGGCUCGUUUAGCCGGCGAACGGGGGGCCCAGCAGUUCCUCAUGGCCAGACCACCCUUGCCGCCGGAGCAUUUCACGGAAAUGAUGGCGCUCGCGGAGAAACUCGGUAACGAGAUCCUGCUUGAACAAUGCCGCAUCGCGAGAAACAAGUGCGCGGAAGCGCUCGAGAUGACGAGGACCACUUCCGCGCCCGGCAGUCCUGCGAGAAGGAGAUCCUUCGCCGCCUCGGAAUCUGCUACCUCUUGGGAGGAUAGGACCUCGUGGGAUGACAGCGACAGUAAUGCAUCGUACGCUUGUCCUAUGGAGAGCGUAGGUUCGGCAGGAAGUGGCGGUCGACCGGUGCUGGACAAUAUCGCCGAGCUUCGAGAGAGUGCUGAACAGCUGCUCGAUUGCUCGCCACCGAGGACACCACCCCGAAGUCCUGCUCCUAGACGGCUGGUUAAGCCACCGGUGAACUCGCAUCUUCACAGAGCUGCCAGCAUCGCACCUGGGAUGAAGGCGAAAAAAACAAUACUGCUCAUAAUGAGGGAAAUGAUACAGACCGAACGAGACUACGUGAAGUCCCUCGAAUACAUAAUAGAGAAUUAUAUACCAGAGCUGGUACGCGAGGAUAUUCCUCAGGCGCUCAGGGGGCAACGCAACGUGAUCUUCGGGAACGUUGAAAAGAUAUACGAGUUCCAUAGUCAGCAUUUCCUACGGGAACUGGAACAGUGCGAGCAGUCGCCGAUGAAUGUGGGACAAUGUUUCCUCAGACACGAGAAGAAAUUCUACCUGUACGCGCUGUACAACAAGAACAAACCAAAUUCUGAUUCCCUGAUGGCCGAGUACGGCACAGCGUUCUUCAAGCAGAAGCAACUCGAGUUAGGCGACAAGAUGGACCUCGCCAGUUAUCUGCUGAAGCCGGUGCAGAGAAUGGGAAAGUACGCGUUGCUACUGCAGCAGCUGGUGAAGGCGGGCACCGAUCUCUCGGAGCAAAUGUCCGGCAAAGACGAGAAGGACGAGAAAGACGACGGUAUGAAACCGAUGGUCGAGGGUGAAGCUGACCUGAGAGCGGCCGAGCAGAUGGUUAGGUUCCAACUUCGCCACGGAAACGACCUACUGGCGAUGGACUCCCUUCGAGAUUGCGACGUGAACGUGAAGGAGCAGGGUAGACUACUCCGUCAGAACGAGUUCUUGGUGUGGCAGGGUAAAGGGAAGAAGUGCCUGCGACAGGUCUUCCUGUUCGAAGACCUAAUCCUCUUCAGCAAAGCGAGAAGAUUCCCCGACAGGAAGAACCUCGACAUCUACAUCUACAAGCACAGCAUCAAAACGACGGACAUUGGGUUGACCGCGGUGAUCGCGGACUCACCCACGAAGUUCGAGAUUUGGUUCCGCAAGAGGAAACCGGGCGAUACGUACACGUUACAGUGUGCGAGCGAGGACAUUAAGAAAGCCUGGACGGAGGAACUGAGCAACCUUUUAUGGAAACAGGCGCUGCGAAACAGAGAAGUGCGCCUGGCGGAGAUGUCGAGCAUGGGCAUCGGAAACAAACCUUGUUUGGACAUUAGGCCUAGCGCGGAUCAGAUCAAUGAUCGUUCUAUCAGUGUAGCUCAACUAUCGAAAACACCUAGAUUUAGAAAUUCGAUAGCGGUAUCGAUGUCGGAGGACUCGGGUCGUUGCAGCAGGAGGCCGCACAGUGUCAUUUCAGUUAGCUCUUCGUCGAGUAGCGGCGGAAGCAGCGGCCCUCCUACAACGCUGAACCUUGGUUUGGACACAAGUCCUCGACCUCAUCAUCGUAGCACUACUCUGAAUAGUCAGUGCAGCGUUGAAAGCGGCAUAAUAGCCGAUAUCUCGAUCAUCUCGGACGACGGUGGCGAUGGAACCGAACGAAGUCACUGGAACUCGACUCUAGAGAGUCCAACGUCCCAUCUGCCAACGACGUCGACGCCUCUACAAUCACCGACCAGCGCGACAGCGACAGCAACAGUUACCUCCGCUUCUUCGUCCGACACGAAUCUCACACCAUACGACCAAGACAUGUCCAUUAAUUUAUAAGCGUCACCCCUUGGAAAGGGCGGCACUUUAAUAUAGAAUGUUGUCGAUUCACUUGCAAAGUUGUCUUAUAGUGAAUGCAGUGUGUGAUUCGCCAGAAUUGCAUUACGAUUUUUUCAUUGGAAAGUGGCGACGUCCACGCACGUGUAACUGAAUAGAGAGUAUUAGAGCGCGUAUUUUUCUUGGGCAAUCGUAAAGUUCGACGAACGACCACGAGCUAUACCGACGACGUGUUACAACGCCGUACAACAGUCCCGAUAGAUCGCUGCAUUACGCUUAUAUAUCACGUGAGUUCCGUAACGAGCGCCUGUUUGCAAAAGAAGCAUUGAAAUACCGAAUCCUCCGUCACACUCGCGCUCUCCGUGUACGGGUGGAGGUUUUUUUUCGAACGAAGAGGCACACCAUAUACAUACACACACACACAUUCACACAGACUCACAUACAGACUCAUUAGUAGACCUCGUGUUCCGAAGAGAUGAAAGAGAGCUCAACUUUCAAGUGAAUUUAUCUUUUGAUACGCUUCGAAUUUCAUUGAUCUACGCGAUCGCAUAAUAUAGUUGUCACGUCUGAAUUUUAUAAAACCAUUGAUUUUUCAGAAGUAACGGCGACGUGUAUUUUCUUAUACUAUCUCCUCGAAUCCACCAACGUGCUCAACUGAAAGAUCAUAGAUAGAGAUGUGUUCCGACGGAAUCUAUAUGUGUACGGCUGCAUGUUUUACAAUGUGCUGCAAGUUAUCGUUGCAAAAGAAAGAAAAAAAAAAAAGGAAAAAGA